AUGGCAGCUGAGAUAGCAGCCCUUGAAGCUAAUCAAACUUGGGAAUUAACUACCCCACCUAAUGGAAAAUCUCCCAUAGGGUGCAGAUGGGUUUACAAAGUCAAACUCAGGUCAGAUGGGACAAUUGAGAGGUACAAAACCAGAUUAGUGGCCAAGGGUUAUACCCAACUAGAAGGAUUUGACUAUUAUGAUACUUUUUCCCUAGUUGCUAAAAUGGUAACUGUUAGAACCAUUUUGGCUCUUGCUUCCAUUUUCAAUUGGCAUCUCACACAAUUAGAUAUCAACAAUGUUUUCUUGCAUGGUGAUCUUCAUGAAGAAAUCUAUAUGAGUUUACCACUAGGAUUUGCUAAACAGGGGGAGAAUAAACAAGUUUGUAAAUUGCUUAAGUCUCUUUAUGGUUUGAAGCAAGCCUCGAGACAAUGGUUUAGCAAAUUUUCAGGAACUUUGAUUUCACAUGGUUUUAUCCAGUUUGCUACAGACCACUCCCUUUUUACUAAGAUCUCGGGUUCAUCCUUCAUAGCCCUACUUGUGUAUGUGGAUGACAUAUUAAUAGCAUCCAAUGACAUGAAUGCUAUUGAAGAACUCAAGUUAUUUCUAGAUAGCAAGUUCAAAUUAAAGGAUCUAGGACCUUUAAAAUAUUUUUUGGGCAUCGAGAUAGCUAGAUCGGCUAAUGGAAUUUCACUUAGCCAAAGAAAAUAUGCACUGGAGAUUCUUGAAGAUAGUGGGAUGUUGGGGAGUAAAACGCAAAAGUUUGCAAUGGAGCAAAACUUAAAACUAAGCAAAAUGGAAGAGACUUUGCUUGAUAAUCCAACAGCAUAUAGAAGACUAGUUAGUAGAUUAAUAUAUUUAACCAUCACAAGGCCUGAUAUCUCCUACUCAGUACAAGUUCUUUCUCAAUUCAUGGAUAAGCCUAGACAUACACAUCUUGCAGCAGCAAAUAGGGUGCUGCAGUACGUCAAGGGGACUCCUGGACAAGGCAUUUUUUUGUCCUUUAAAUCAAAGCUGCACCUAAAGGCCUUUGUAGAUGCAGACUGGGCAGGUUGUGUUGACACCAGAAGAAGUGUCACUGGUUUCUGUAUCUUUCUUAGAGAUUCACUGAUUUCAUGGAGAUCUAAGAAGCAAACGACUGUCUCUAGAAGCUCUGCAGAGGCAGAGUACAGAUCUAUGGCAUCAACAGUAUGUGAAUUAACAUGGUUGGUUCAUUACUCAAGGAUUUACAUGUACCUCACUCUCAUCCAGUUUUGUUAUUUUGUGAUAGCCAAGUAG